AGCUGAUUUCUAAUCAUCUGUCAGAAUACAGAGAAACUAACCUCGAAAAAGUGUAAAAAAAAAUGUGUAAAUAUUUUUGACUAAUAAAUGUAUAAGUUUUGUAAAUAGUAAAUAAAUUUAUGUAGUUAAAUAAAUAUAAAAAUAAAAAUGAAAACUUUUAAAUUAAUAGUUCACCAGAAGAAUUUCAGUGGUGAAGAUUUAAUAAUAAAUCCAAAAGAUUAUCCAGAAAUAAAAAUAGGAGACGUAGUUGAAAUCUAUCACCAAGAAGAUGAGUUCAGUCGUUUGUUAUUACAAGUAACUUCAUUUAAAGAAGACUUGCAAGGCCGUGAAACAAUUAGCGUUGAAAAUAAUAUCGCUCAGAUGUUUCAAUUACGUACGUACGCAGAUGUUUACAUGAAUAUUGUGAAUCCAGAUGAUGUAGCUCUAGACUCUGUGGAGCUGACAUUUAAAGAUCAGUACAUGGGACGGAGUGAGAUGUGGAGAUUAAAAAAUAGUUUGGUAAAUACUUGUGUGUACAUGAAUAAAAAAAUUGAGUUCUGUGGCGGAAGUAUACGAUGUCAAGUCUACGAAAUGUGGUCCCAAGGUGACCGAGUCGCUUGUGGUGUUAUAACUGAUGAUACGAAAGUCGUUUUCCGUUCAUCAACUAGCAUGGUCUAUCUUUUCAUCCAAAUGAGCUGCGAAAUGUGGGAUUUUGAUAUACACGGAGACUUGUAUUUUGAGAAAGCCGUCAAUGGGUUCCUGGCUGACCUUCUCCAGAAAUGGAAAAAAAAUGGCAGCAAUCAUGAAGUUACUAUUGUACUAUUUUCUAGGACUUUUUAUGACGCGAGUACACUUGAAGAGUUUCCGAAUCAUAUGAGAGAGUGCUUGCAGCAGGAUUACCGAGGACGUUUUUAUGAAGAUUUUUAUCGAGUUGCUGUUCAAAAUGAACGGUUUGAAGACUGGGGUAAUAUUUUAGUACAAUUAAGAAAAUUAUUUACUGAUUACCGCAAAAUUGUUCUUGAGUAUCACCAGAAACCGGGAAUUGCUAUACCAGAAGCUAGUAAUUCUACAGCUGCUCAAGGAAAUUUUUUAGAAGUACUCAAUAUGUCACUUAAUGUAUUUGAAAAACAUUAUUUAGAUAGAAGUUUUGAUCGUACUGGACAAUUAUCAGUAGUAAUAACCCCCGGUGUGGGUGUAUUUGAAGUUGACCGCGAGUUAACAAAUGUUACUAAACAACGAAUUAUCGAUAAUGGUGUUGGAAGUGAUUUAGUUUGUGUCGGAGAACAACCUUUGCAUGCUGUCCCAUUGCUCAAAUUCCAUAAUAAAGACACAUCAACAUUAAAAGCUCCAGAUGACUAUAGUAUGCCUCACUGGAUAAAUUUAAGCUUUUAUUCAACUAACAAAAAAAUUCCAUACUCAAAUUUUAUACCUCGAAUAAAGUUGCCUCAGCGAAGGACCAAACUCCCUCUAGAUAGUGAAAAAUUAUUGAAUAGCAACAACAAAUUAAUUCAAGAUGAUCCGCGUGAAUGUCUACACAAUAUGUUAUAUGAUUAUGAUGCCUAUGACGCUCAGGUUUUCCAGCUACCAACUUUACAUGCUGCCAAAGCAUCAAGAACUAAAAAAACAAGUGUUGCAUGUAUGGAGACGCAUAAUAAUGCCCAAGCAUUAAAAUUGUUAAAGCGCAAAAUGUCUGAUCCAGACAUUCAUCAUUUGACAACAGAUAUUAAUUUAUCACUAAAUGGAAUGCGUAGCGCGGCUAUCACAAUACCAUGUCGUACUGAUGAUACACAUAAUGUUGCCAACACUUCCAAAACGCCAAUUAAAAGUGAUACUGAAGAAUUAUCGCCAACAUUUCGGCCAGUUGUCGGAAGCGCAGGUAGUCCAGCGAAUUCAUCAAUUCAGCCAUCAGUAUUACACCGGCCAGGUCGCGCGCUCAUAAAUCCCUUCGAUCCUUCUCAUGUUACUAUUAAAUUAACCAGUAACAGACGCAGAUGGACGCACAUUUUUCCAAAAGGACCCACUGGCGUUCUGAUCCAGCAGCAUCACUACCAAGCCGUUCCGGCACAAAGUAAAAAUGAUAGAUCGUUCAAUGUUAUUUCAGCUACUAGUUCAUCGCCCAUUGAAUCCACUCUUUUACGAUCUGCUUCACAAGUUGGUUUCCAAGAUCCAGCGUCGACAAGUUUGUUGACAGAUACAAACACACGAGGAAAAACAUUACGAGGAAAUCAUCAGAGUUAUGUGAGUGGAGAUAAAAAUAAUCAUUAUGGUCUACCGAAUAAUAAAAGUUUGACAUUAUUGUGGGGUGCGACUGGUGAACAAGAGUGGACACCAGCUCUCACUACAGGAGUGGAUUGGAAAUCUUUAACAAUCCCAGCAUGUCUACCAAUAACUACCGAUUAUUUUCCUGAUAAAAGAAGUUUACAAAAUGAUUACGUUGUUUCGGAUUAUAAUUUACUACCUGAUGAUGUAAAUGCUGAUUUCGCACAACAACGUGCCAUUUAUAAAAAACCGUUAACUACUGCUGAAGUCUUUAAGGAACUUGUGUCUCAACGUUUAGCUCAAGGAUUCCAAUUAAUAAUAUUACCAUCGAAUAACAAAAACCAAUUAACUAAACAAGAUAGUGGUAUUAAAAGUCAUAUAAGUUCAUUAAUGCGUGGUCGACAAACAGAUUCAGAGCCAAAAGAAGAAUAUUUAUUAAGUAUAGGUAGAAUAUUUCAUAAAAUAUCAUUAUGUGGUAAUUGUAUUACUGUGACAAGAUAUCGACCAAGACAUCCAUAUCCGCCAUUUAAUAUUCAUUAUCGUUAUCGUUUCCAUGCACCACAUCAUGACACGUAUGAAGUUUCUUGGGUAUCUUUUACGACAGAAAAACUUGAAAAUUAUAAUUGGAAUUAUUUAGAUCACUAUAUUUGCACGCGUGGUGAUACGGAUUUUUCUUUAGUCGAGGCAUUAAAGUAUUGGCGAUUUCGCAUGUUUUUAUUGCCGUCAACAAAUGCAGCGACAAAAAAAAUUCUCGAUGGAUCAACACGCUGUGAUAUUUACACACCUCUAACUCCAUCCGAGCAAUCUCAAUUGAUGGAUGGAUUUUUACGGUUCAUCGAGGGUUGGUUGAAUAAAAUACGACGACCAAUUCCUAACAAAAAUUGGAGCCCAACAGCUUUAGGUGCAGUACUACCGAGAGAUCCUGGUUCACAUUUGACCAGGCGUAGACACAGCACGAGCCUGAUAUUCCUCACUAACCAGACAAGUCUUGUCGGGAGCUCACCAUUUAGAGAACGUGUUGGCAGCAAUAGAUUACCUGAAAAACCAAGACCAAGAUCUGGAUCAAAAAUUAUGGAUCGUGGUCGUGUAUCACCGGCAAGUGAUGCAGUGUUACCGUUGUCACUAGAACAAUCACAGCAAGAACACUUAGAAAUAAGUGAUGAAAAUUUGCAUUCUGAAAUGAUGAAUUUAAAAAGCAAUGCGUCCAAUAUUGAAAUAUUAGAAGCUCUUAAGAAUGUCCAGAGUGGUAUAAGUUUUUUAACACCGCAUCCGUCAUUGCCGAGUCAAACUUUUGUGAGCGCCGAUGCUGCCCAAUGGUUAAAUAAUCAUAUCGAGGGGGGUGUCAAUAUACAACAAGCUAUUAAAAUAAUGGAGAGUAUGAUAACAGAUAAGUUAAUAUGUCAUGCAUCUGGAGAUUUUUCAAAGCCAUUUGUUUUUGGAUUUUAUUUAUAUCAUAUUGUUCAAGACAAAGAUAAUUACAAAGGAUCUGAUCCAUUACCACUCGGAGAUUUACAGAGUUUUGAAAACGAAUGGGUAGAAGUAGAAAUGGAAGCACCUAUGGGCUGGUGUCAGUCAUCAGGAGCCUCUUUUCCAUCCAUAACAUCACCGAUUCCCAUUCCCGCAUGUGAAACUAUCGACGAAUCAAAUAUACCCGUGUUUUUGCGUGACGACAUAGAAGUAACUGACAUACUCUUUAACAAAGAGCUGAGGACAUCAUCGCCACCAUACAAACACACACAUCUCGAUAUUGAUUUGAAUAAUAAAAGCGAUAGAAUUGAGUGGGGACACUUGCGCUAUCAGUCAAUGUAUCGCGCAAAUCACGCUUAUGAGCUUGUUGUCCAGUGGGUCGCUUCAUCAGGAAGUAUCGUUGCUGAUCUGGUAUUUUCAUGGCAACGCAAAGCACAAGGAUGUGGAAUUCAAAUGAUCCCGAUACCUAGUGAUUUACUAGCGCUGCCAUACACUUUGAAAAGUGAUCCAUUACGCGGUCCUAUUUUUAUUCCGCUUAAUACCGAGUGUCUGAUGAUAAAUAAAGAAUUUAUUUUUGAAGAGUUUCAUAAAGAUACGUAUGAGCAGAGAUUAUUUUUGUUUCAAGAAGCAAUAUUGCAAAGAUUUGGGUUUCUGCCAUGUCAGGCUGAAUCUUCAGACAAUGAUCAUCAAUAUGUACAUAUCACGGGAAAUGUUUUUAUACUUGUACCUUCGACUAAAUUGUCAAAGCCGCGACAACGCGCGGGAACAAAUAUUGUAAGGAGAAGUAUUGCCGCGGCUUCUAAACGUUAUCCUGUUCAUCCAGAUCAACAGAGUCCGCAUGAAGCUUAUAUUACGCGACAUGUUAGUGGGAACAAUAAAGACGAUUUUAGUAUGGAUCGAAGGAUGGGCUUCUUAUGGUCGUGGAAUCAUAUGGUUAGCAGGAAAUGGAAAUCGAUAUCGACCUCAGCUGGUGAUGAAAUAUUUCAGAAGAAAAUAAUCCAAGAUUUCAAACACUUUUGUUCAAACGGUGAUAAUAGGCUAAGUCUUUUUUGGGAGUCGUGUUGGGAAUUGAGGGAAAAAAUAUCAACCAAAACGACAUUUAAUAAUUAAUAAUUAUAAAUUAUAAAUAAUAAUCUAGGUAAAAUGUUAAAUAUUUUUUCAAGUUAAUAAAAAUAGUUAUCUUAA